AUGGGUACCAGAGUUGCCGCUUCUCUUUUUCCGGAUAAAAAUUUAACGGGAGUUUCCCAGCUUUUGGAAGAUUUACAACGUUUAGCGGAAGAUCACGAAUCGGCGGAUAUUGUUUUCCUUUUGGGAAGAGAAGAAGUUCCUGUUUACGCUCACAGAAUAAUGUUAAUGGCCAGGUGUAAAAGUUUUCAAAAUGCAAAAAGAGGUGAAGUUUGUAGGAUACCAAUACCAGGUUGUACAGUUGCACCACCUUCAACACCAGGAGGACCAGCACCCAUAAGACUGCCACACGUUCAAGGAGAUAUUUUCAGAAAAUUCAUUCUAUAUGUUUAUACGGGAAAAAUAAUGUUACAAGACAAUGCAGUUUUUGAAAUGUUAAGUUUGGCACAAGAUUUAGGGGUUGAAGAAUUAAGAACGACUUGUGAGGAUUAUGUAACUUCUACUCUCUCACCCUUAAAUGCUUCAACGUUUUUAGCAGCUGCUAUGGACAUACAGGAAAGAACUGCUGGUGGUAAAUAUACAAAAUCAUUUGUCGACAGAUGCAUUGCUUAUGUUGGAGAAAAUGCAAAUGAAUGCGUACAAACAAAUUCAUUUUUAACACUUCCUAAAGAUGCACUUAUUAAAUUAAUAUCUUCCGAUUCUUUCGCUUUGGAAGAAGAAGAUGUUUGGAGGGCUGUAUUAAAUUGGGCAAAAUAUCAAGCAGGUGUCACACAACCAACAGCCCACUGGACCGAAGAAGAAAGAGUUCGCGUUGGUCAACAUUUAAAUGGUGUAAUUAAUCACGUUAGAUUAUUACUAAUAGAUAGUCAAGUAUUUGCUGAAGAAGUCGAACCUACUGGUGCUGUACCGAUAGAACUGUCACUGGAAAGGUACAGAUAUGCGGCACUACCUAAUAAAUUUAAGGAAAGAAGCGAAGAUAAAAGACUUCAACCUAGAGUACCUCUUAAAUUAUUUAACGGUUCACAAAUCCUCGUCCAAGAUAAAAUAAGAUUUCAAAGAGUAUUGAAUUCAUGGUAUAAGGUUCCUAAACAAAGUUGGCGUCUACUCUACAGAGCUUCGACUCACGGUUUUUCUGCCGAAGCUUUUCACCGUCAUUGUGAUGGAAUCGCUCCUUUAUUUGUCAUCGUAUUAGGUGCCCGAGGUGACAUUUGCGGGGGUUUUACCGACGUUCCUUGGAAUAAAACAGGUUCUAAAAGUCAUUAUAUACCUUCGGACAAAGCUUUCUUGUUCAGUCUUGUUAAUAAUUUAAAUUAUCCUCCAAUAAAAUUUAGUAUUGUCAAAAAGCCAUUUGCAAUUUGUUAUCAUAAAGACUGUGGACCUAUUUUUGGAGCUGGAGCUGAUUUUCUUAUAAGUAGUAAUUGCAACGUAAAUAAAGAUAGUUAUUCAAACUUACCACAUUCUUACGAUGGCGAUUUUGCUUCUACGAGUAUUUUAAUGAGCGAUUAUUAUUUCACGGUCGUAGAUUAUGAAGUGGAACAUUAUUCUCAGUACAUGUGUCCUUAA